AUGGAGCACGCCGGCCAACAAAGCCUGCACGGCCCGCAGACCGCCGACGCCUCGCCACCACCACCAAGGAGCAACAUCGCCGCGCGCCGAGCCGCCGGCCCGCCCCAACCCAGAUGGGCCCAAAAGGGCCCAAAUCUGGGCCGAGCGGGCGCCGCCAGCCGCGAGUGCCACCGCGCCGCCACGCGACCAACGAUCGCAUCGCCGCGUCAAGGGCACCAGUGGCCCACGGGAUCACCGCCGCUGUCAGGGGGCCCCGUGCCCCCCUACAUGCGCGGGGGAGAAGCCGGCCCGCCGCCAGCGCCGCACGGGGCGGGGCCCGCGCGGGACGCUGGCGACGGCGGCAGGGGGAACGACGGGGAAGAGGGCUGGGAGAGCGGGGGAAUAGGAGUCCGCCAGUCGCCCGUGGGGGGAGGGGGGAAGAGUGAGCGAGCGGAUGGGAGAGGGAGGUUCAGUAAAGUUUGUUGCCCAUGA